AUGGAUAGCAGAGGAGCAUGCAAGGAGGUUUCUGAUGAGCUGGCCAGGGAGUUGCUUAUUGCAAUUUCUUACCCUGUACCAGACCAGGUUCUUGAUCUGAGUUUCGUGCCUCGGGACAGUGUUCUGGUGGCCAAUGGGGAUGGGGAUGAGAAGUAUGUCUCUGAACUUAUGACCAUUUCUAAUGUGCAAUCCCCUGAUAUCAAAAACCUGAAACAAGCAAGCAUUUGCAAUUAG